AGGGCAGCUCUCAGUUGUAGCAACGCUUCCUCUUCCUUCCCUUCCUUCCCCUCCCCCCCCAUCCUUCCCCAUUCCCAUUCCCAUUCCCAUUCCCAACCCCAUCCCCAUCCCCAUCCCACCCCUAGGCUUUUCAAGACUUUUCAAGACUGCCAAUUUUUUUCCCUACUGUUGAAACUAGGAGGGGUAACUGUUCUCAACGCGAUUAUGAUGUCGUUGUUGUUCUUGCUGCUGCUAAUGCUGUUGAUGCUACUCUUAGUGCUGCUACUUUCUGAAGGGGAGGGAACAGACGUAGGAGGACAAGGAUAUUGAGAUGAACUCCUAAUAUCUACGGGAAUCGACCCCGGAACCUGGAUCCAGAAGCUACUGUGGUGCAGAAAAGCAUGACUCGAAUCUUGAUACCGAGGAGAGUCACCUCUUAUACCUUACAAAGCAAGAGCCACUAAAAUUCAGAGCAUGGGAACAGAAGUCCAAGUCAGAAACAUUCAAGUGGAACUUUUCCCUCCAACUCCCUAAAUUUAGAUUCUUCUCCCCUAUUUCAAGUACUGUGUUUGGGGAGAAAACCCCAUGGCCUUUAUUAAGCACCAGAGAAGCAAGUUUUAUUUUACAGUUUAGCAAUUGGUUCAGUUUAUAGGAAGGAACAGAAAGUCAGUGUGUUUCGACCCGUUCUCCACCUCCUCACACCUAUGCCUUCAGUUUUAGCGAGAACAGCUGAAGUUGAAGAGUAAAGAGGAUGAGGAGAACUAGAGGGACUAGGUCUUUAAUGUGAAAAGAAAACGUUACAAAUUGCCAGCUCAAUAUCCCUAAAUGCUAUCUUAGGACACAUUGGGAGAUACUUCUCCCCAAAAGUACUUCUAAACAGAAAAAAAGUUGCUAAAUCUGAGAUCCUGUGAAAUCCUAACGUGAAAACUUUGGCAUGAAACUAGAGGAGAAAGCAGAUGUUACUUCAAAAUCUAAUUCAAAUCCCUCUUAAGGGUCUUCCUCACAUAACUCAGCAAAUCUCCGCUCCAACUACUUAAAUCAAUGGAAUGAACAAGACAUCAAUAAGAGUGGACAAUGUCCCAGGAAUCCCUCUCUGACUAAUACAGAUGGCUUUGGGGGUUCCAAGAUGAGCAUAUAUGAAGGCUUAACUUCACAGCAAAGUUCCAAUGGUCCUGUAAAGAAGUCUAUGCGUGAGAAGGCUGUUGAGAGGAGAAAUGUUAACAAAGAGCAUAACAGUAACUUUAAAGCUGGAUAUAUUCCAAUUGAUGAAGAUAGACUCCAUAAAACUGGCCUGAGGGGGAGAAAGGGCAAUUUAGCCAUCUGUGUGAUUGUUCUUCUUUUUAUCUUGGCUGUCAUCAACUUAAUUAUAACACUGGUUAUCUGGGCUGUGAUCCGAAUUGGACCCAAUGGCUGUGACAGUAUGGAAUUCCAUGAGAGUGGUUUGCUUCGAUUUAAACAAGUAUCUGAUAUGGGAGUUAUACAUCCUCUUUAUAAGAGCACAGUAGGAGGCAGACGUAAUGAAAAUUUGGUUAUCACUGGCAAUAACCAACCAAUUGUUUUUCAGCAAGGAACAACGAAACUCAGUGUAGAAAAGAACAAAACUUCUAUUACAAGUGACAUUGGCAUGCAGUUUUUUGACCCAAGGACUCAAAAUAUUUUAUUCAGUACAGACUAUGAAACCCACGAAUUUCAUUUGCCAAGUGGAGUAAAGAGUUUGAAUGUACAAAAAGCAUCUACUGAAAGGAUUACCAGUAAUGCAACCAGUGAUUUAAAUAUAAAAGUUGAUGGGCGUGCCAUUGUCCGAGGGAAUGAAGGUGUAUUCAUUAUGGGCAAGACCAUUGAAUUUCACGUGGGUGGUAAUAUGGAAUUAAAAGCUGAACACAGCAUCAUCCUAAAUGGAUCUGUGAUGGUCAGCACCUCUCGCCUACCAAGUUCUUCCUUUGGAGAUCAGUUAAACAAUGGUGACUGGGUACGCUACAAGCUCUGUAUGUGUGCAGAUGGAACUCUGUUCAAAGUACAAGUGACAGGCCAAAAUAUGGGCUGCCAAAUCUCAGACAAUCCUUGUGGAAACACACAUUAGAUGAGCUAAGGAGAGAGAAAAGUCAUCAGUGUGUUUAUACUUGUCUUUACAUUUUUUUAAGUGUAUGCAUGCAACCCAUUGUUUUUACAGAGUUUGUGAUAAUGCAUUGUAGUUAUUUUAACUGCCUAGCAUUAAUAUAUCUGGUAUAUAACCUCUACAUUUAAAGUAUUCUGAAUGAAAAUAGCCAGAACCUUAAAAUUUUCCAUUAGAUUACACUGUGCUGGGUAUCAGACAAAUCUAUUUUUUAAAUAUUAUGAGAAACGAAUAAAAUCAAAAUGAAACAUUUUCAAGAAAUGUUUUUUAAACACCAUUUCUUGUCCAUAGAACAAAGGGCUGGUUUAGCUGUUAGAUUCAAUAUAAGUAAGCUUUUGAUAAUUAUGAGGACUGACCACUCAUCAAAUUAUUAAAAAGAUAUACAAUCUAAUAUAAAUAUAUUUUUUAAAUCUGGAAAAAUUAAAAUUACAUUUAUAGAUUAUCUGUGGUUUGGGCUUCUAAGAAUAAUGACUUUGAAAUUUCAUACUGAAUUAGUCUUGGCCAGAGUCUCUCUUACAUGUCAGUGAGAUCAUGGGAAUUUUAAACACAUGUUAUAUGUACUAAGAAAAUAGAAUCCUAGUUAGAAGUCCUGAAGAAAAUAUUUUGUGACACCAAAUUUUUACUUAAAAGUACUGUUGAGUAUAACUAUACUAUCAUUUAAUACUAAUGAGUAUUUAAUGUUUUCAUUCUGGUAGUACUGCAUGAAUAGUAUAAGCAAACAUUUUCAUAUCUAAUCUGAAGCUCUAAGAAGAUGAAAAAGAAAGUAUUUGGUCCUCAAAAGACCAAUUCAUGCUAAUCUCUUAAGUUGUUUUUUUGUUUGUUUUUUUAAGAAUACAAAAUGUAUUUACUAGAACAGAAGAGAUAGUAAGUAAAUUUCAAGUCUGUCAAGAGAAUUUGACUAGUCAUUACCAAAUUUAAAAACCAGAAAUAAGCUGGUUCCAAAGCACUGCACUAAAAUAAGCCCUAUACAGUUAGCUGUUUUCUUCAUUAUUUUUAAGUUAAAGUAGGAUUACAGUUCUUUUCUUGACAUGCCCCUCUACUCCCCCUUCUACCAACAGUUUGUGUUUAACACAUUUCAUACUUAUACUAUUAUUAUUUUGUUAAAUAUUAUUUACAUAUAGGCUAAACAAAUUCCUUUAAGGAUUCCUUAAAGUCAGUUAUUGGCCUGCUAUUGAAAAGUCCUCAGUGAUAAACCACAGGCUCUACCUAUUUCUUUUUUAUCCAGGAAAUAGGUUUAAACUUACAUUUAUAUAGUGUUUUAAUCUAGCAAGUAUUUUUUUUAAUUGUGUAGACAAGGAAGUCUAAAAAAGGCAAUUAAUAUUUUAUAGUGUUACUGUGUAUAUGUAAAUAGCAUUGAAACUAAAUAUUUGUCAAAAUCUAAAUAUUACCUUGGAUUCAUUAAAUUUAAUCGAAAUAACUAUUGAAUCCUUUCCUAAUCCUGAAAGAUGCACUUUAAAUAUUGAUGACAAAAUUGUGGCCUCUAUUAAUUAUUGCAUCUGUUUUGCUAGCACUUUGUCCUUCCACAUAUACUCCAAUUGGAAAUCUCAUUCAGUUCAAGUUUCCCCUAAUGAUUCUUUCUGCAUAUUUGUGUGCUCUAUUCAGAUUAAGUUAUUUUACAUAAACUGUAGAUAACAGUUUGUUACAUACUAUUUAUUAAAUAUUCAAAAAUUAUUAUUUUUUAUUGGUCAUUUGUGUUUUUUGUUUAUAUGUGCAUGUGUAUAUAUACAAAUGUAUAUAUAUAUGUGCUCACCCCCACCCGAAGUACUUUUGACUAGAUAGGAUCAUUUGGGCCAGUUGACAGAAUUAUUUCAAAGGUUUAGCAUCUUUAUAAGACUUUAUAAGACUCUUUAAGUAAGCAGUCCUUGUGCUACAAUGCAUUCUUAUAAACAGCAUAGGAAAACUAAACAGCAAAAAAAGGGGAAGGGAAGGGGGGAAUCAUAACGUUCAUGCAGCUUUAAAUAUAAAUUUGUCAUUACUAGCCCUUAACACCAGAUGGUGCUUGACUAUUCCUGAAGCCAAGUUCAUGCAAUCCUAGGUUUAGCUUUAUAAGGGACACCCAAAAAGGAAUCCCCUCUAAUAAUGCCCUUCCUCAGUGGUCAUCAGGCCUCUACUUAAAGAGCUCCAGUGAAGGGAAAUCACCUACCUCCAGAGACAGCCCAUCCACUUGGGAACAGCCUUCUUAACUAGGAUAUUUCCCUUCUUUUGAUUCUAAACCUUCCUCUCCCAGAAUGGGUAAAGUUCUGAAACCCAGCAGUGAACUUCAACAGUAUUUAGAAUAAGCAGUUGAUCCAUGACAUGACCAUGUUAUGUUGGAAAGAGCACUGGGUUUGGAGUCAAAGAAUCUGGGCUUAAUCCCAGCCCUGCCAUAUAAUAAUUCUGUGAUCUUGGGCAAGUCACACUUCUUUUUAGUCUCAUCAAUAAAAUGAGGGAUUUGGACCCUUUUGCUCUAAAUCUAUGAUGCUAUGAGAUGCGUGAACUUCCUAUGCAUAACUUGCUGGUCUACACAUUUUAAGAUAUAUAUUUGUAUUAUUUCAUUAUAAUUUGUAUUGUAAUUAUUUACAGUAAUUAUUGUUGCCCAUUAGUAAUUAAAUUCAUCUUAGGAGGUGAGAGUUCAGUGGUGCUAAACAUGACACUAAAGAGACCAUUGUACCUUUGAAAUGCUGAUAAUUUGUAAUCUGUUUCAAAGAUGUUGGUGUUUACCAAUUCUGCCAUACAAAAAAUAAUUCUAUAAAUCUGUUCCAGAUUGCUAACUUUAGUUGAUGUAACAUGUUAAUGACAUCUGUUUACAAUAAAGAUGAUAUAAAUACA